UUGUGGUAUUCUGACAGAGUUGCCUGAACUCAGUACGAGACAAGCGAGAAGGGAGAAGGAUGCAGUAGUGUCAUGUGGAAAAUGAAGAAUGAAGAUGAGAAUCCAAUUAAGAAUUUGGCACCUGGUCAUCAUGUGGAUGUGUUUCGAACGAGCACUGCAAGAUCCUUCUGCAGGUAAAGGUCCAGCUGGCUCGUCAGUUGUUGAUGCAAACCUGAUGUUCGAGUUUUUGCUGGGAGGCGUGGAACUCAACCAGGACAAUAACAUUGUCCUCCUUGAUGAGGAGAUGGCAUCAAUGAGGUCUGGGCGGGCCUUCCUCUCUCAGAUCAACGACAACAUUCCCAGAAGUCUGAGUUCCAUGGAACAGAUGGUGGACAUGCUGAAAAGCCAGAAGAAGCAGCCGCUGACUCAGGAUCAGUUUGACACGCUGGUCUUGACCACGGUUUUCUCGGCACACCGGGCUGGUACCGGAAGACCCGAGGAACAAGAGGCCUGGGGUGAAGUGCUCCUGCAGCUCGUAAAUAUCACAGCGCAUGAGCUACGUGGAAGUUAUCUCUUCAAUUAUACGUAGAAAAAUAGCAAUGAUAAAUUGCAAUAAUAAACAAUUCAAUUUCAUGCAACAUUACAA